AUGAAUCGCUCGUGGCUUCUAUCCCUCCUCCUGCUCUCAGUGUUGCACCUAUCCCUCGCCACGCCCAACUCGCUGACCGUUUCGACGGACCAGGGCGAGACCUGGUCCCCGCUGUCGUUACCAUUGCCGCAACCCUCCCUCCCCGCGCACGUGCACCUGCGCCACAGUUCGGGCCCGUCGGCGCCGACCCUGCAUGCACCGCGAUGCGCAGUAGGGGGUGCGCUGCGCCUGUCUCUCGUGCGCGACAGUUACGGAAAGGCCCUGGGGCUGCGCUGGGCCGCGGCGAAGGCGUGCGAUGGGCAGUGGAGCGCGGGUAGCGGCCCCGACCUGGCUGUCACGGAGGAGGUCGCGAAGCGCAUCCGGCCAGACUGGGCUGACUACUUGAGUAAGAGCGCGCCGGACGGAGGGGAGAAGGCGACGGAGGAGGAGGUCGUGGACACGCGGAAGGAGAAGGGCUUCUUUGGGAAGUAUGGGCUCUAUAUUAUGGGGUUUGUCGUCUACGCGUUGGCGAGGGGAAUACAGACGGGCUUUGCGCAGCUGAAGGAGGAGGCCGAGAGCGAGGAGCAGGAGAAACUCAAGGAGAGGAAGCCAAAGGGGCAGGUUCGCGUCGUCGUGCCGAAGAGGAGGCAAUCGACUAAAAGUCAACGAAAAGCAAAAUCCGCACAAAGAGCAAGGACGUCGAGAAAGCAGUAA